AGCUCGUCGUCGUCACUUUGCCCUUCGCGCUUCUGGCCUUUAGGACGAUGACCCUACGUAUCAUCUCAGGAGUAUUACUGGCUGCCCUAGAGAUUGCUGGUCUUGAUCCAUAGCAAGCAAGUCCUGAUAAAGAGGGAAGGAGGGUUUUACUAAUUUUCUAGUGGAACUUCAAAUCAUGGAGGAUGGGAAAAAGGGUAAUCAAGGCAAAAAUUCAGUUGAAUUAACAGAUGAUAAUGAAGGCACAGCAGACGGUGUGAAGGAGAGGUGUUGGGAUCAGAGGGAAGCGCUGCCUGGGGAGCCUAAAUGUGUUAUAUGUGGUCGCUAUGGUGAGUAUAUAUGUGAUGAGACAGAUGACGACAUUUGCAGCUUGGAAUGUAAACAAACUCUCCUAUGCAGGGUUGCUAAAUCCAGAUUGCCGGUUGUGCUUCCACCUCCUAAAAGAUUACCUACAACUGAUGAGUGCUUUUAUGUUAGAGAUUCUGGUGAUAAAUCAGGAUCUCAAUCUUUAACUGGCAGUCAGACUGAAAUGCUUAGAAGGAGACUUGAAAUUUGUGUGAGGGGAGAUUUUGAUUUGGCACCCAUCUUAUCAUUCUCUUCUUGUAAUCUUCCUCAGAAGCUCCUCCAGAAUAUAGAAGCUGCAGGAUAUGAAAUCCCAACACCUGUCCAAAUGCAAGCAAUCCCAGCUGCUUUGGUUGGUAAAAACCUCCUUGUUUCAGCUGACACAGGUUCAGGGAAAACCGCUUCCUUUUUGGUUCCUAUUGUUUCUCGUUGCACAAGUAUUCGCCCUGGCCACUCACCAAAUCAGAAAAAUCCAUUAGCAAUGGUUCUAACACCAACUAGAGAGCUCUGCAUGCAGGUGGAGGAGCAAGCUAAGUUACUUGGGAAGGGUUUACCAUUUAAAACUGCACUUGUGGUUGGUGGUGAUGCCAUGCCUAGGCAACUCCACCGCAUUCAGCAAGGAGUCGAACUAAUUGUAGGAACUCCAGGCAGGCUUAUUGAUCUUUUAUCCAAGCAUGAAAUUGAGCUAGAUGAUGUUUUUAUGCUUGUUCUGGAUGAGGUGGACUGCAUGCUACAGAGGGGCUUCCGUGAUCAGGUAAUGCAGAUUUACAGGGCUCUAUCACAGCCACAGGUUUUGAUGUAUUCUGCAACAAUCUCACAAGAGGUUGAGAAGGUGGCAAGCUCGAUGGCAAAGGAUAUAAUUGUUAUCUCUGUGGGGAAGUCAAACAGGCCAAAUAUAGCUGUGAAGCAGCUGGCCAUCUGGGUGGAGUCAAAGCAAAAGAAGCAAAAGCUUUUCGACAUACUAACAAGUAAGCAGCAUUUUACACCACCGGUGGUUGUAUUUGUGGGUUCAAGACUUGGGGCAGAUCUCCUAACUGAAGCAAUAACAAUCACAACUGGGUUGAAAGCUCUAUCAAUCCAUGGGGAGAAGUCCAUGAAGGAGAGGAGAGAAAUCAUGAGCUCAUUUUUGGUGGGAGAAGUCCCUGUGAUGGUGGCCACUGGUGUUUUGAGCCGGGGAGUUGAUCUUCUCAGCGUGAAACAGGUGAUAGUAUUUGACAUGCCAAAUUCCAUCAAGGAGUACGUCCAUCAAAUCGGGAGGGCAUCCAGGCUGGGGGAGGAGGGUACUGCAAUUCUGUUUCUGAAUGAGGAGAACAGGAAUCUGUUUCCUGAGUUGGUUGAAAUUUUGAAAUCUUCUGGAGCUGCCAUUCCCCGGGAGCUUGCCAAUUCACGGUACAGGUUGGGUUCAGUAAAUGUUGGAAGGGGGCAGAAGAAAAGGAAGCAUGGUCACUAAAGUUUCAUGGACUCAGCACCUGCAAACAUUUGAACCAUCACUUUGAGAGUUCAAGGCCAAAAUUGGUCUCAGGGAGUCCUAAAACAAUCUCCAAUCUUCUCCCAUUGUCUUUGUCUCCCAAUCCCAAGUUGUAAAAUGGCAAAUCCUUGUCUUGUGAUACUCACCCAUGGAUUAAGGUACACAUUGUGAUUACCAUGAGAACAAUGAGAAAUUUUCAAAAAAAUUAUUAAAA